CGAAAUUAUUUACUUUCUCUUUGAUCGAAUUUCUACCGCUACCGAAUGUAAACAAAAAGUUCAAAUACUUACCAAUUUUCAUUAAUUUAAAGUUAUUACAAGUUAAACUAAGGUGACAACACCAGAAAACAGACAACCUUAAUAAUGGCGCUAGCACCAAGCCAGCGAUCCGCGAGGAUCACACGGGAGAUGAAGAACUUCGAGAAGCGAUCCCCCUACGGUAUAACUUGCAUACCUCUUGAGGGGGACAACUACGACGUGUUGCAUGUGUCCAUGCUGGGCCCGAGGGGUUCCGCGUACGAGAAGGGCAUGUUCCGACUCAUCAUCACCAUCCCGGACAGAUACCCCUUCGAACCGCCGCUCGUGAAGUUCAAGACUCCGGUUUACCAUCCCAACAUUGAUAAAGAGGGCAGAAUCUGCAUGGACAUGCUAAAAAUGCCUCCGAAGGGUGCGUGGGUGCCGACCAUCACACUGGAGACGCUGCUGGUGUCGUUGCAGACCCUGCUCGGGAACCCCAACCCCGACGACCCACUCAUGAUGGACAUCGCCAACGAGUACAAGAAUGACAAAGAAACGUUUAUGAAGAAUGCUAGAGACCACACUGAGAAAUAUGCUAAAUGAUUUGUUUUGUUUGUGUUUGUAUUUAUAAGUGCCUAGAUAAGUUAAGUUUUGCAUGUGAUAUUUAUUGUAAGGUUAUAAAAAUGAGUGUAAAUAGUAAAUGGAUACAUUUUGCAGC